ACAGAGUACAUCAGUACAUGUCUAUCUAUGAUGAAUGAACAACCCAAAAGAGGCAUUCAUUCCAAAAUGGGUUGAUGUACAUCCAUUGUAUGGGAGUAGGUAGGUAAUAGAAACAACUAGAACUUUUAUUUAUAGUUGUGCUACCUGUCCUUAAACUUGAAAAUUCAACUCCUCUUAAAACCCACCUUCACCACUCACCAACUCACCUCAUUUCAUUUCAAUCUUUGCUCGAAUCUCCAACUCUUCUCUCUUCAAUUUUCCAGGGGUGUUCUGAGAAUACACACAUAAACAUGGGCAAAGCCGUGGUUGUUCUAAGCAGCAGUGAGGGUGUUGCUGGUACUGUUUACUUCACCCAAGAAGGAGAUGGCCCAACAACUGUAACUGGGAAUGUCUCGGGUCUUAAACCUGGGCUCCAUGGAUUUCAUGUUCAUGCUCUUGGUGACACCACAAAUGGCUGCAUGUCAACUGGACCACACUUUAACCCAAAUGGAAAAGAGCAUGGAGCUCCCGAAGACGAAGUUCGCCACGCUGGUGAUCUUGGAAACAUCACAGUUGGGGAUGAUGGUACCGCUACCUUUACCAUCAUUGAUAACCAGAUACCUCUUUCUGGUCCCAAUUCUAUUGUGGGGAGGGCUGUUGUUGUCCAUGCUGAUCCCGAUGAUCUUGGAAGGGGUGGACAUGAACUCAGCAAGACCACAGGCAAUGCUGGUGGAAGAAUCGCUUGUGGAAUUAUUGGUCUUCAAGGUUAAAGAAAAAUAGAAGUGCAGAUUGUGGUUUCCUUGCUAUCCCUUCAAAGAUUAGUCUAAGAAAAAAGAGAGAGAGAGAGAGAGAGAUGGGUCCUAAAUAAAAAUCAGAAUUAUCGUGACUUGAAUUGGCCAAGUUAUGUAAUCCACCGGAGUCUGUUAUAUGUUUGGAUUUUGCAUUGGCUGUGAACUAUGUUGAUAAUAUAAACUGCCUAGCUAUAUAUUUAACGGCUUUUGCAGCUUUGAUCUAUUAUAAUAUCCUAUUUAUGGUUUAUGAA